AUGGCAAGCAUUGAAUAUCCCUCCUCUCCAGCCUCGGUCUCCCGCCAACACCAAGCUGACGGGGAAGCGCCCCGACAGGGCCCGAUGAUCGACCUCGGGGUGGAGGACCUGGAAAGUCCGAUCGAGGAUAUGGAGAUAGUGGCAAAGCUGAAGGACAGAUUGGAGCAUGUGGUCCGGCUAUACAACUCUGGGAAACUGCUCUUCCCACGCGCGCUCUUGGAAGGCCUAAACCAGCAAAUCGAAGCGGGAAAGGAGGAGGUCUGUAUCCAUGAUUUGGACGAUGUACCAAGCACUCAUAGCCUCAAGGUUCCCGCCUUGUGCUCACAUCUUGCCACCACGUACUGCAUUGGUUAUACAAGCAUCCAGCUGUUGACUUAUAUCCACCCAUCGUUUCCGACCAUGAUUUUGAGCGACCAGGCCCCUGUCUCCAUCUUGUACACCCACUACCCGAGUCACCCGGACGGCACGCUCGAGGAGGUCUGUGCUGCAUUCAACAAGACCCGCAUGGAGUGGCUGGAAAGUGGAACCUGCCAGGAGCUGCAGAGCCACUUGUCCUCGAUGAGAUUCUCGAGUCGCAUCCACAAGAUUGUCGCGUUUGGUCUAGGCACCUUAGCCAAAGUUCAAAAUGACCACAUUUCGAUGCGCUCUUACGCCCAGCAUGCCGCGAUCGCGACUAUGGCAACAAUCUUGAGGAGAAGAGGAAUCAGUGGGGGAAAAGAAAUUCAGUGUUAUGCGCAGGAUCCGUGGUAUGAUGAGACGGAUGUGGAGUUCUUGAAAAGUAUCGGGAUCACCGUGGUGAACGAUCCCAAGGGAUUCCUAGAGAUCGACGAGUUCACACUGGUCUUCUCUGUUUGCCCCAAUAUACCAGUCAAGCAGAUCGUCGCUGAUGUCCAAUGGCCGGGCGCAAUGAUUUGGAAUACCGUCAGCGAAGGGGAAGAGACAAAGCAAUGGCAGAAGCGACUAAGGAGUGGAGAGGAGUUCUGGAUGGGCCCGUUGAUAACAGACCCCGACUCGAAGCGCGUUUGUGACAUGGUCAGCCAUUACAUCAAGUCACCUCUUCUCGACCCCGAAGACUUUUUUGGUGACCUUACUGUAUAUGUGAAAUGA